AUGGCGGCGCGGGCUGGCUUCCAAUCGGUGACCCCCGGGGGAUCCGGGCCGGCGGCCGCUGCGAUGGGCCCCGGGACGCCCGGACCUGCUGUGAGGAUGGGGCCCGCCCCGGGACAAGGCAUGUACCGGUCACCGAUGCCGGGAGCCGCUUAUCCGCGACCUGGGAUGCUUCCAGGCAGUCGGAUGACCCCUCAGGGACCAGCCAUGGGACCUCCAGGUUAUGGUGGAAGCCCAGCUGCUCGACCAGGGAUGGCUCAGUCAGGCAUGGACCAGUCCCGGAAACGCCCUGCACCCCAACAAAUACAGCAAGUUCAGCAACAACAGGCAGCUCAAAAUAGGAACCACAGUGCUAAAAAGAAGAAGAUGGCUGAUAAGAUUCUACCUCAGAGGAUUCGGGAGCUGGUACCUGAAUCUCAGGCUUACAUGGAUUUAUUGGCUUUUGAGAGGAAAUUGGACCAGACAAUUAUGAGAAAACGGCUUGAUAUUCAAGAGGCCUUGAAAAGACCGAUCAAACAAAAAAGGAAACUCCGCAUCUUCAUUUCUAACACAUUUAACCCAGCAAAGUCAGAUAUUGAGGAUGGUGAAGGUACAGUGGCUUCUUGGGAGCUACGUGUGGAAGGCCGCCUUCUUGAGGAUACAACUUUAUCCAAAUAUGAUGUUUCCAAACAGAAGAGAAAAUUCUCAUCAUUUUUUAAGUCUUUGGUCAUUGAGUUAGACAAGGAUCUGUACGGGCCAGAUAAUCAUUUGGUGGAGUGGCACAGAACACCAACCACUCAGGAGACAGAUGGGUUUCAGGUCAAACGUCCAGGAGAUGUCAAUGUACGCUGCACAGUGCUGCUGAUGCUUGAUUAUCAGCCACCUCAGUUUAAGCUUGAUCCCCGCUUGGCUCGUCUUCUCGGAAUCCACACACAGACUCGUCCAGUCAUCAUUCAAGCCUUAUGGCAGUACAUUAAAACUCACAAACUUCAGGACCCUCAUGAGCGGGAGUUCAUAAUCUGUGACAAGUACCUCCAACAGAUCUUUGAAUCUCAGAGGAUGAAGUUUUCCGAGCUUCCACAAAGACUACAUGCCCUUCUCAUGCCUCCAGAGCCCAUCAUAAUCAAUCAUGUCAUUAGUGUGGAUCCUAAUGACCAGAAGAAGACGGCAUGUUAUGAUAUUGAUGUUGAAGUGGAUGACACCCUCAAGACUCAGAUGAACUCUUUCCUGCUUUCCACUUCCAGUCAACAAGAAAUUGCAGCUCUAGACAACAAGAUUCAUGAGACGAUUGAAACAAUUAAUCAGCUGAAGAUUCAGAGGGAGUUCAUGUUAAGCUUUGCUCGUGACCCUCAAGGUUUUAUCAAUGACUGGCUACAGUCUCAGUGCCGUGACCUCAAGACCAUGACGGAUGUUGUUGGAAAUCCAGAAGAGGAGCGCAGAGCAGAAUUCUAUUUCCAGCCCUGGGCUCAGGAAGCGGUUUGUCGAUACUUUUACUCCAAGGUACAGCAAAGACGCCAGGAAUUGGAGCAAGCCCUAGGGAUCAGAAAUACAUAA